UUUUUUUUUUUUUUUUUUUUUGGUUCGCCAGCACCGGCCUCUCUGUGCGUCAUGGAGAACGUAACACCGCCAAAUCACAUGUCCUUCGCGACAGUGCCCGCCCAGCACCCGACCACCCCCCCCGGCACAAUCACACAUGCCCACGGAGAUAUCAACAGGAACCCCGGCGCAGUUCCCAACUACAAUGACCCGUCCGCCUCCCUCGAUGCCGCCUCUCUCUGCCGCUUGCCGGGCACCACCAUCAUCUCCCCCGACCAGCCCGUCGCAACCACUCCCUCCGGCGCCCCUCUCCUGAACCCUCGCAGCUGCGUGACCUGUCGACGCCGCAAGGUGCGAUGCGACAAACAGAUGCCCUGCUCCAACUGCCGCCGCGCCCAUAUCCAGUGCAUAUUCCCUGCACCUGGUCGUGCCCCGAGACGACCUCGUCCGCGCGACCCCAACGCCCCGCCCAAGGGCUCGAGCGAACGCGAGAUGGCCCUCCAGAAGCGCCUGCGGAAACUCGAAGCCAUCAUCGUCCAGGGUCUCAGUGGCCAUGUCGACGUCGACGUGAUGGACGAUAUCAACAUUGACGUGGACAAGAAUUCCAGCCCCGCCGCCUCCCCGAAUCCUCGCCAUAACAGCACGUCCCCCCCUUCGUCCGCCAGGGGGGGAAGUGGCGCCCCGAAGGCUUCGCAACGCGCCGCCCACACGUAUCGGUCUGGAUCGGAAGCCGAGGCCGAGGCAGAGGCCGACUUGCGCCGCCAUCUUGACGGGAAACCGGAGAAUAUGCACAAGCAACUGGGGAGGUUGGUGCUUCACGACGGCGGCACGACCGCCCGCUAUAUUAGCAACGCAUUUCUGUCCAAACUGAACGACGAGCUCGACGAACUCCGAUCCGAGAUGCACACCCUUAGCGACGACCCGGGCGACACCGAAGACGAAAUCACCCCCGACCCUUCGCCCGAAUCCGCCCUCGGUUCCCAUUCCCAUUCGAGCCAGCAUCAGGGCUUCCUCUUCGCUUAUCGGUCGGUCGAAGCCGACCUGAGCAAGUUCCAUCCUCCGCCGUCCCAGAUACUCUACAUGUGGAAGACAUACCAGGAGAACGUGGAGCCGCUUGUCAAAGUCUUGCACGUCCCUUCCAUGGAUAGGUUAUUCCAGGGCAUGGUCGAGCAGACCGUUGACCUCAGCCCCGGCAACGAAGCCCUCGUCUUCUCCGUGUACUACGCGACCAUCACCUCGCUCGAGGAAGAAGAUGUGCAAGCCCACCUGGCGUCUUCCAAGGCCCUUCUGCUGUCGCGGUACCGAUUCGGCCUUGAACAGGCCCUGGCCAAGGGCAACUUCCUCAACACCUCCGACAUGUCCGUUCUCCAAGCCUUCACCCUCUUCCUCAUCGUCGUCAGGCGACAGGACGACACGCGCUUCUGUUGGACCCUGACGGCACUUGUCGUGCGAAUGGCCCAGGGCCUGGGCCUUCACCGCGACGGCCUCAAGCUAGGGCUUCCGCCUUUUGAGGUGGAGAUGAGGCGACGACUGUGGUGGGCCAUAUGCGCCCUCGACCUGCGGUCGACCGAGGAGUCGGGCACCGAGCUCAUCAUCCAACCUCGGUCUUUCGACACCAAGUUGCCCUUGAACAUCGACGACUCGGAUAUCAGCCCUUCCACCACGGAAACGCCCAAGGCCCGGGAAGGCCGAACCGAUUGCGCCAUGAGCGUGGUCCGCUACGAGCUUUCCGCCUUGGCGAGGCGCCUCCACCACUUUUCGGCCGAAGCGGGUCCGGUCAACGUCAACAACGCGGCUGCCGGUCGCGAGGAGCGGGAACGGCUCCUGAUGGAGGUGUACGACCGCGUGGAGGAGAACUUCCUCAAACACUGCGUGACCGGCGACGACCCCCUCUUCUGGAUGGCCGCCAUGGUGGCGCGCGUCGUCAUGGCCAAGAUGGGGCUCGUCAUCUACCAGCCCAUGCUCUUCCCGGGCAGCGGGCCGGAACUGUCCGCCGACAUCCGCGACCGGCUUUUCGUCUCGACCAUCGAAGUCGUCGAGUACAACCACAUCCUCAACACGGACCCGCGCUUCCAGAAGUGGCGCUGGCUGUUCAAGACGUACCGCCAGUGGAACGCCAUCGCGUACAUGCUGAUCGAGAUGUCCCGCCGGCCGUGGUCGCCGACGUGCGAGCGUGCCUGGAAGGCGGCCAGCAUCCUCGUGUACGACCACCCCGUGGAUUCGGCCAAGGAGUCGGACCACAUGGCCGUCUGGAUCCCCAUCAAGAAGCUGUACCUCAAGGCGAGGAGGCAUCGGCAAGCCGAAAUCGCGCGCCUCCGGGCCGACCCGGCCACGACGUACCGGUUGGACGGCGAGGACGGCUUUGCGCCGUCUUUUGAGCGGAUCGAUCCCGUGCCGGGCAUGGAAAGCGUCGCGCAACUGCGUACCCGAUGGCGCAAGGUCGUGCGGCCUGAAACCACCAGCCCGUUGCCGCCUCAGGGGCCCAUCCCGCAUCAGACGCCGGCCGUCGCCCGGCCAAACCAUGGCGGCGGCGGCGGAGGCGGAGGCGGCUCCUCGCAGUCGUCAGCUGGUGGGAUGAGCCCAGAUGCCGCUGUGUCGUCGCGAUCACAAUCCAACGACGGAACCAUGUCCAUGCUGUCGGCGGUACCACCGCCACCGCCACCGCCACCGCCUCCUCCUCAGCCCACGGAGAUGGGGCGUUCAGACAAUACGAUGCUAACUCGAGGGGAAUUUGGUUCGUCGUCUGCCAUGUGGCAACAGCCGUAUGUCAGUCAGACGACGUCGGCGGCGACGAGGACGACGACGACGACGACCAGUCAUGCACUUUACCCUUCCGUGGCGGCUACCGCGGCCCUAGGUGGACAGCAUUCCAUGAAUGUCUCGGGGGUCCCAUCCCCGGCUAUGACUGAAACGGUCGAGACGGCCUUCUCGCGGCGAUCACAACAGCAGCAGUUACCGCCGCCAGUGCAUGGCAUGGGGCUGCAAACACACCAAUAUCAACAAGAGCACCAAGCUCAUCAACAACAUCGGCAACAAUUACAACAAUCGCAACAACCGCAACUGCGGCCACAACCACCACCACCACCACCACCACCGCUACCGCUGCCGACAACGGCGCCCGGGGCCAAGAAUGACCCGCCGCCAUGGCUCUGGUCGGAUGGCGACCAGAUGAUGACGGGCGGCGGGCUUUUUGACGAUGUACCAAUAGAUAACGUGGACAUGAACCUGGACUUGGAGGAUAUCAACUGGCAGAGCUGGCAAGAGACGUUGAGGGGAUUGGAAAAGCCAAGUAUAGCGAGUCAGCCCCCGCCGCCUGGGUCGUGGGGAGGGCUGUAGAACAGAAAAUGCGAAUGCCGACUUUGAGAUGAUGUUGUAACUUGUCAGUUGUACCUGUAUACCUGGUUCAGGGGUGGGUCGUGACCGUUGAGGCCGUUGUUGUUGAAUUGACGGGAGCGUGCUUACAGGGAGCGUUGAUUCAGGAAAUAUAUGAUUGUAUUAUAUAAAAGAGAAAGAAAAAGGGGGCGGGUAUACGUGUCCUAAAUACAUCUGCCACCUUCUAAGCGAGGAUAGUAGGGCACCUCUAACUAAUAGGAGAGCACUAUACCGUGGCUUAUAUAAUAGAAUAUAACACACCCCCUAAUUAUUACGCUGUGAUUAGCGG